AUGAUCCCAGGAAACCACAGUGCCGUGACUGAAUUUGUGUUCCUAGCUUUCCCCAACAGCAGACAGGUCCAGGCCCUGGUCUUCAUAGCCAUGCUUCUGGUCUACAUAGCCAACUUUUUAGGGAAUCUUCUCAUCAUAGUGGCUAUCUGGGAAGAUCCCCACUUGCACACCCCCAUGUACUUCUUCCUGUGGUCCCUUUCCAUAACUGAGUUCUGCUUCACAACAUCCGUGGUACCCCAGAUGCUGGUGAACGUUUUACAAGAGAAGAAGAGCAUCACUGUUGCAGGAUGCGGCGCCCAGAUGUUUUUCUUCAUAGCCCUGGGCAGCACUGACAGCUUCCUUCUAGUGGCAAUGGCUUAUGAUCGUUACGUUGCUAUCUGCCACCCUCUGCAUUACACUCAUAUCAUGACUUGGCAAAGAUGUAUAUGGCUAGUGGCUGCCUCGCUGGCCCUUGGGGGGCUGCUGUCGAUGGAAAUUGCAGUCCUGAUAUUUCACCUUCCUUUCAAUGGGGCCAACCAAAUUGAACAUUUUUUCUGUGACGUCAAUCAGCUGCUGACGCUGGCGAGUGCUAACACCGACUUUGAGGAGAUUGCCCAGUUUGUCGGCAGCAUCCUUAUACUUUCGCUCCCCUUCCUGUUCAUUGCUGCUUCGUACAUUUGCAUCAUCAGGACAAUCCUGCAGAUCCCUUCCACCAAGGGACGGCUCCAGACUUUCAACACGUGCUCCUCUCACCUCAUGGUGGUAUUGCUGCAGUACGGCUGUGGCUCUUUGGUGUACCUGCACCCCAAAUCCAGGCAGUUUGAUAAGAUGGAUCGGUUGCUGUCAUUGGUGUACACCUUUGGCAGCCCUAUUCUGAACCCCAUUAUAUACAGCCUAAGAAACAAGGAGCUCAAGGAUGCCAUAAGGAAACUCUCUCUGAAGGCCAAGCUAGAAGUUAGAGACUCAUAG